AUGUCCGCAUUACACUUUCCUGGAAAAUAUCACACCGUUUGGCUCGAUCGCCACAUUGGAAAUCAUGGUUUUUAUGUUCAACUUAAACAUAUUUUCUUUACACAAAUCGAUCCAAAUAGUGCCCGAGAAUUUGAAACGUCCGAUACAGAUGGCGAUCCCUUCAAAAAGAGUGAUGAAGAACGCCCUGUCACUUUCGAGAAUUCUCAUUUUACCUUGAAUGCUUUCACGAACGAAGACGCCUGCUUCGAGUACAUUGAUACAAUCAAGAGUGAUAGAAUUUUAUUUAUCACAUCAAAUACACUUGGAAAAUCAGCUGUUUCUAGACUGCUCAAAAAAUAUUAUACACCAUUCAUUAAUGAGAAGACCAACGAAAUAUACAAUUCAAUUUAUGUUUUCUGCAGUGAUAGCUCACGGGCGAAGGAAUGGGCCAUUGAUUACGUUAAAUAUGUUAAAAUUUGCACGUCCGAAAUAGAUCUUUUAGCCAUAAUAAUUAGAGAUUUGGCCAUAGAAUUCCUCAAACAUGGCCGACAACUGCUUGAUGCUAAUCAAAAUGAAGCUGCUCUGGAGCGCUUAACUUGGUCUAGAAAACUUUUCAUUCGGCGUCAGAAACUGGACGCAAGGUAUGGUUUGGGCCCCGGACUAAGUGAAACACAACCAUUCAGUUUAGAGAUUGAAGAAAUCGAUCGACUUCUAGAACUUGCGUCCAUUCCAGUCAUGGAAGACUCAAGUGAGGCUACCACGUACAUAACGGCAAUUACAUGCGAGCAAAUGAAAGAUGCAGAAGAUUAUAUUCGGCAGUAUAUAUUGGCAUGGCUGGAUAAAGCCUUGGGUGACGAUAAAAGCGCUUUAGAUAUAAGCCUUGGUAUGCUACGUAAUUUACAACAGGUUUUCACGUUUAAUGAUGCUAAAAAGUGUCUCGAUUAUUUAAGCACCGUAACCGACAAACGCGUAUUUUUGGUACUUACUUAUGCAAUUGAAAACGAAUUGUUGAAUCAAUUUCUUGCAUUGGCUGAAUUAGAAUACAUCUAUUUAUUUGGUAAAGAAGGUAUAUUAAAGAAACACAACUCGAAACUUAUCGAAAUCUCAAGUAUAGAAGAAUUAUACAGUCGUCUGAACAAAGAUAUGCCAUCAACCACCGAAGAAGAUCGUGAUACUGAUUUUACUUCUCUCAAAUUAACUUCCACAGCCAAAUCAAUUGAAGAAUUAGAUGAUGCUCGCCUAUUUAUUUUCUAUCAAUUUUUAACAGAGGUUCUCCUGCAUCUCCCUAAAACAGAUGAAAUCAAAGAAAACUUCAUAUCUUUCUGCAGAGAAAAAACCAAUGACAAUCCUACGCAACAGGAAAUCUUAGAAAAAAUCAUCAAGAAUUAUAAAUCCAGUGAAGCUAUAUCAGAGUAUACUUCGACAUCUUGCCUUCAUAGACUUUUAAAUCGUACUUGUCGAUUGGGCAAUAUAAAAGAUAUGUUUAGAAUGGCAUUCUAUAUGACUGAUCUUUAUGCACAGUUGAAAGAAUUGCACAAUGAGCAAUCCGAGUGGUAUAAAGAACAGAUAGACGUUUAUAGGGGUAAAGCUAUGCUUAUGGGAGAAUUCAAGAAAUUAGCGGCAAGUAUUGGAGAUUUAGUUGUAACAAAAUCCUUUUUAUCGACCACGACUAAACGAGAAGUUGCUGCAAUGUAUUCUGGAAGAGGCACAUUAGAUCCUGAAAUGGUGCCCGCUAUACUACAUAUGAAGAUCGAUGCACGAAGAAAUGAAACAAAACCUUUUGCCUACAUUCGAUAUUAUAGUAACGUGAGAGCAGAUGAUGAAGUUUUGAUAUCGUUAGGAACAGUGUUCCGAGUGGCUGAGAAAAAUCAAACGGAGGGUAUUGACGAAUUUGUAUUAGUCAGAAGUGAUGCAGAGGAAACGUUAGAACGUGAAAUCAAAGAUGGCUUCCAUGAUCAAAUGAGACAAGACAACGUACUUUCUAAUGUGACGUCAUCGGCGGAUGCUAGAGAGCGUAUCGAAGAAGUUUUAGACACCAUGAUGUCAUCCAGUGCACGUGCUGUGAAAGAAAAUGUCUCAAGUAAUGAUCCAUUUUCAUUUGAUGCAUGA